AUCACAUGCAGAAAAUGAAAAAAAAAAGAAAAAAAAAAAGAAGGAUGGUUUUGAACAUUUGGCAUACCACAGAGUAGUUUCUGUGGCUUUGUGUUUUGUACUUCUCUGCCUCUCUCUCUAUCUACUAUUAUCUCUGUUUUCCUUGACAAUCUCGGCCUAGGGCUUUUGUCAUUUCUUUCUCAUCAGUAUCCUAGUGGCAAGAUCAUGAGCUGUUGCCAAUAGAGGAGAGGAUUGGAAGAGCUUGCUGUUGAACCAUAGUGAUAAAAUUGAUUCCCGAGGAUGGAGGAUGAACAUGGCCUUGAGCUUAGCCUGGGUCUAAGCUUUGGUGGAUCAUCCAGUAAAUGCAAAGGUAAAAGUGGGAGCUCUUCUGAGACAAAGACAGAAGAAGGUGAUAAAUGCAGCAAAGUAGUUGAUGACUUUAGAAACUUCUUUAAUGCUAGUGGCCAGAGAGAGGGUUCGAGCACUGGCUCACAAAAAAGUGGCUCGAUGAAACCUCAGGAAAACUUCUUCAAUGUUCUUUCCAAAGCACCCGUUGAUACAGAUGCUUCUAUCGAGUUGAAUGGUAGGGGGCUCUGGGUUGCAAACUAUAACAGGUCUGAGGAAACAGAUGAAGAAAAAAGGCCAGAAGCAGGUGGUAAGCGUAAAAACUUCUUUGAUGAGAUUAGUAAUCAAAAGAAGCAUGAGGGAGAAGCUCAUCUUACUGAUUUGCCAGAAAAGUCAAAAGUGUCUCACAUAUCAAUUACAAGCGAAAGUGACUCAAUUGCUGAAAAUGAAGAUGUUGCAGAGUCUGAAGUUGGUUCAGCAUCAAGGAUAAUUUCACACCAUCAUGAUGGUUCCAAACAAUUUACUGUAGCUGGCGGUUCUUCUGAGGGUGGACCCAAGGGGGUUCAUGGGUCAGCCAAUUCCAGUGUUAUGGACUUACAAGGGCAGAAAAAUUUGAACGGUUCGGCAGAAAAUGACUUUAGGCUUGGAAACUUGCCAUCUAGUGUUCCUAUAAACAUCAUGAAUGUCCCUUAUCCAGUAACUGUGAAAGAUUCUAACGCUGUAAGUGCAGCCAGUACGUUUGGCCAUCCUUCUUCAGGCAUGAAAAGCAUAUCUACCCUAAAUGGUGAUCGUCAAACAGGGAGCCAGAUAAUGUUUGGCUAUCUUCCAAUGUUGGAUAAGGAUAGUUCCUCAGGUUUUGUCUCUCAGCUUCAUCAGUUCCAUUCUUCCUUUGCUGGUAGAGGCACGCCAAAUUCAGAUAAAUAUAAUGACAGCUUGACGACAUCUCAAGCAGCCAUGCACGUAGUUGCACGAAAUACAUCUGAGGCUACUCAAUAUGACGGGAAGAAGUUUGAGCAGGCCAGUGGUGAUGGCAAACAGCAUGCCAGGGAAGAAGGUUCUUCUUCUCUGACAGAGGAAGAAAGAAGAAACAGCAUGAACCUCAGGGCAAAGGAGGCUUCUGACCGGUCAGCUGCAGAAGGUAUCUCUUUUGAUUUUUCUGCUAUAAAACCAGGUAUUGCUGCAGAUGUAAAAUUUGGGGGAAGUGGCUCCUAUCCAAAUCUGCCAUGGGUUUCUACCACUGGGCCUGGUCCAAAUGGUAGAACAAUUUCUGGUGUUACUUACAGGUAUAGUACAAACCAAAUCAGGAUUGUUUGUGCUUGCCAUAGUUUCCACAUGUCUCUGGAAGAGUUUGUUAGACAUGCUGCUGAAGGCAAUGUUAAUUCAGACAGUGGGAGUGGUUUGGCGACUUUUUCAAGUGCCAAUCCGGCUGCCUCUGCUCAAAGUUGAGAUCUGCCAUCCUUUCAUAACUAGAUUAAUAAAGUGCUGAUGCGUGGUGGACAGAAACCUGGCUAUGAUAUACCAAUUGUGAGAUUCCUCCUUACUGUUCUCAUUGCACUUGCCUAGUUGUUACUAUAACUUUUCCUUUUCAAUUUCCAUCUAAUGUUGCAGUUGUAUGUAAUAAUGUGUAGAAUCAUCCGCUUAUCUCACCUUAAUGUUAUAAGUAUUUCUGUUUCACUUUUUGUACUU